AUGUCUCUUUCUCUCGACAUCAUUCGUCAGCUUCCAAAAGCCGAGCUCCACUGCCACUUAGAUGGUUUCUGCCGUCCAUCUACCAUCAUUGAGCUCGCUCACGAACAAGGCGUUAAGCUCCCAACCGAAGAUAUCAAUGAACUCUCCAAGAUUUUAACAGCUCCUCCGGACUGCCCAGAUCUUGUCACAUACCUUCGUUGCUUUGAUGCUCCUCUCGAUGUUAUGCAGUACCCAUAUGCUAUUACAAGAAUUUUCUACGAAGCAUGCGAAGACGCUUGCAAGGAUGGAAUCGCUUAUCUCGAACUUCGUUUUGCCCCAGCUCUCCACACACGCAAGGGCCUCUCCUACACCCAGAUUCUUCAAGCCGCCUGCGAUGGUGUUCACAUGGCCGAAACAAAGCUCCCAAUUACAGUCAGAAUCAUCUGCUGCGCCAUGCGUAUGAUGCCAUCAGAGGUUAACAAGGAAGUCGCCGACAUUGCCUGGAGAUUCCGUAACCAAGGUGUUGUUGCCUUCGAUCUUGCUGGCCCAGAAAACGGUUUCCCACCACACAAGCACAUCGAAGCCUUCCGCACAAUGCGCGAAAAGGCUGUCUACCUUACAGUCCACGCUGGUGAAGCUUAUGGCGCCAAGUCCAUCGAGCUUGCUCUUGAAUGCAACGCCAACCGUAUUGGCCACGGCACACGCAUCGUCGAAGACGAGAAGGUCCUCCAGCAGGUCAUUGAUCGCCGCAUUACCCUUGAAUGCUGCGUUUCAUCCAACCUCCAGACAAAGGCCGUCACAAACAUCGAUGACCAUCCAAUCAAGAAACUCUUCGACCGCGGAGUCAUCACAGUUCCAUGCACAGAUAAUCCAACAGUUUCCGGCGUUACACUUUCUGGCGAAUACUUCCUUCUCCAGAACAAGUUCGGCUUCAACGUCGAAGAGCUCGUCCGCAUGAUGGAUUACGGUUUCAGAUCCGCUUUCGUCGAUGAGACACUCAAGACACGUCUCAGAAUCGAAGCAAUCACAAAGACAAUGAAGAUCCUCAAGGAGAACAAGAUCGAUGUCUCACCAAUCCUGAAGAACUCCUCAUACUACCUUCCAAUCGGUCUUGUCCUUUCCCAUGGAUUCAAGCCACCGUCAUCCCUCCCACCAGUCACACUCGAGCUCGUCAAGUCUCUUACAAAGGCCGAUACAGAUACACGUCUCAUCGGUUCUGUUCCACUCAAGACACUCUACAAGUUCUACUCCGCCCAAACACCAGAGGAGAGACUCAAGGAGUUCCCAGACUACAAGGAAUUCGAGAUGUACAUCUUCGAUGAGGAAGAUAAGAACCACGAGAACGCCAAGAAGCUCGCCGUCUCAUUACUUUUGACAAAGGCCAACAUCACAGAGGGCACAAACGCUCUUCUCGACCAAGCCAUCGAGGACAACGUCAAAUACAUCGAAAUUACAGUUGCUCCACAGCGCCACACAAAGCGCGGCCUUAAGGAGCAGGAUGUCAUUGACGCCAUGACAGAGGCCAUCAACGCCCACGCAGACAAGAUCACAGCCAAGAUCAUCGUCGGCAUCAACACCGAGAAGGACUCUCCAGUUGUUGCCAUGAGAGCUGCUGAGCUUGCUGUUGCCAACCCAUCUGUUGUUGCUGGUUUCGCUUCCAUUGCUUCAGAGCUUUCCAAGGAUAACUUCCACUUCUACGACGAAGUCUUCACAUACCUCCGCCGCAACUUCGUUUCUGCCUCCAUGUUCGCUGGCGAGAACUCUCCAUCAUCUGUCCAGGCCGCCAUCGUCAGAGGAAACGCCAGACGUAUUGCAGGUGGCUUCAACAUCACAGAGAACGAUUCCAUCUUAUCAGAAAUCGCUUCAUCACAGACAAACGUCAUUGUCAAGCCAUCCUACAGAUUCUCACUCGCUACAGCUCCAAUCUUCGGCCAGAAGAACGUCAGAUCUCUCUACGAUUUCGGCGUCAAGGUCGCAUAUGCUUCUGUCCACGGCGCAUUCGACGGAAAGACACGCUGCGAGGAAAUCUUCCAGAUGUGCAAGCAACAGGGAUUCGGCGCUCUUGAACUUGUCAUGAUUCUCAACAACGGAUUCUGCGCUAUCUUCCAGCACUACGACCAGGUCAAGAAGUUCCAGAACCAGUUCUGGAAUGACACAAUCGAAACUCUCAAGGCUAAGGGAUUCGAUAGAACACUCAACCCAUCUUAUUUCGUUGAGUAA